AAAGAAGAAGAAAGAACGUCACGUGACCAGAAAUCAACAAUCCACGCUAGCCGCGAUGCUAACAGCACACUGUGCUCCUCUCGGAGAUAAACGUAAAACUUUACCGGUUGGGUUCGAGCCGAUAUUUCACUCAAAAUGCGCCGCCUGGGCUCCGUUCAGCAGAAGAUUCCGUGCGUCUUCGUGACGGAAGUGAAGCAGGAAGCGUCCAGGAAGCGGGACUGUCAGCAUCUGUCUCUGACAUAUCAGUUCCAGGUGGUGGCCACAGAGAGCGUGAGCCCGGCCGCUGUGGAGGCCCAGGUGCGCCGUGCAGUCGCCACAGAAAAACUUGAUGGAACUUGCUGUUAUGUAUCUGUUUACAAAGGGCGACCUCACCUGUGGGCUCGACUCGACAGGAAACCCAACAAACAAGCCGAGAAGAGGUUCAAAACGUAUCAGCGUUCUCACCACAGCUGUAAAGGCUUCCUGUGGAGCGUGGAGGAGGACUUCAAGCCGGUGCCGGAGACGUGGGUGCCGGCCCUCAGAGUGAAACACCGCGACGGGCAUCCGGUGCCCGACGAACACGGACACAUUCCAGGCUGGGUUCCGGUGGAGAAGGACAACAAGCAGUACUGCUGGCACGCUUCCGCGCUGGACCCCGACCUCCGGGCGGCCCUCGUCCUCCGGCCCCGCGCCGAAGACGGAGACGCGCUGGAAGUCGUGGCGCUCCCGCUGGCCGACCUCCUGGAGCGGACUCUCGAGCUCAUUGGAACCAACGUCAACGCAAACCCGUACGGUCUGGGGAGCAAGAAGACGCCAGUCCACCUUCUGGUGUCCCACGGGGCCCUACGGAUCAGAGACCCCCCCCCGGUGGACUUCCAGCAGCUGUGCUCCUGGUUCCGGGAGAGUCCCGAGGGCCGGGUGGAGGGCAUCGUCUGGCACUGCCACGACGGCACGCUGGUUAAGGUCCAUCGUCACCACCUGGGGCUGAGGUGGCCCGAGGGGGAUCCCUCGCUGGGCGAGCGGGCGGCGCUGGUCGCCGUCGGGUCGGGCGAGGACGCCGUCGGCGACAGGAAGGACUCGUUCGCCUUGUCGGCGCUGAGCGGACGCCGCUUCAGUCGACUGAGGGACAUGGCGUCCGCUUUGUGAACCGAGCGAGAGACCGAUCACCAGGAAGAAUUCGGCCCCCCCUGACUUUUGCGUUGCAGAAAUGUUUACAGCUUUAUUUCUGAAGGAAGGAGAAGCAGCUGUUCAAAAGGUUCCAUUAAUACUCUGUAUGUUACAGCUCUGAGGAAUAAAGUUACACAUCGUAUGAUGUCAUUCA